AUGGGCCCUAAACCCAGAGACCCUAACACCCUCCCCCCCGAGAUGGCGUGCAGUGCGUGUUACUACCUGGUUAUGAGCUCCACUCACCUGAGCAAAGGACACUUUCGGCGCGUCAAGGGUGUCUUCAGAGGACCGCUCUGUCCAACAGGAAGCAGUGACUCACCGGACUGCACAGAGAGGGCUUUGCGUUGCUCAGUCGAGGAUCUGAAGUCACUUUUCUACUGUGAGCUGUGUGACAAACAGUACCUGAGACACCAGGAGUUUGACAACCACAUCAACUCCUACGACCAUGCACACAAGCAGAGGUUGAAGGAACUGCAGCACAGAGAGUUUGUUCGCAACGUGGCCUCAAAAUCAUGGAAAGACCAGCGCAAACAGGAGAAGGCUCUCAGGCGUCUGCACCAGCUCGCACAGAUGCAGCAAGAAAGCCAACGAGUUCCAAGAAGUACUUAUGGACUGAGACGUGCAACUAGAGCUGUUAGUCAGACACAAGAUAAGGAUGUAAAUCAAAGAAAGUGCGGCUCAGAGGAUAGUCCUAUAGCCUGUGACCACCCCCAGCAAAGCACUUCCGCAGAACCAAGGACUUUCAGCCACCAGUCAGAUGAUUCAUGCCAAUCUCUUUCACAAAUAACUUUAGCCACAGCUCUACAAGAGUCUCCGCUGAUCCCUUCAGUGUCUCAUACAGACUCUCUGACACUGCAUCCGCAGUCUUGCUAUAGCUUUUGCCCCCAAUUGCCUCCCCCUGCACAGGGUAGGGUGGGAGGCAGGCUCGGAGUGUCCUUCUGCUUCUCUCGGAGAGGGCCCAGGCUAGAGCCUUCUGCCUCGGUCUUCUCCGACCUGGAGGAGGAGGAGAGAGAAAAGAGGGAACAGAUGAAGGAAAGAGUAAAGGCAAUAAUAGAAGAUUUGAACAGAGAACUAGGGGAAGCAGAUGAAAGUGAAAAGGACAAGUCCAGCUCUGACAGCGUUUUGCUGAGGGACAUGCAGCCAAUCCCUGGAGAGGUCGCAAGAAAAGAGGAACAGAUGGAACAUUUCCCUAUUUCUACUCCAGCCAGUGAUAAUCUGAGCCAGGACUUCCUACUCUUACAGUCACAGCUCCCGAUGACCGUAUGUGGAACUGCACUGGCAGUAUCUCAGAUGGACACCAAACAGAAAGACAGAAUUGCAGAAAGACACCAAGAAAAACUGAGACCGAGAGAAGAAGGUGAUUUUCUAUAUGUGCAGGGCAAAGACAGUUCAACCCAACUGAGAUGGCCUGUCAGUUUACUUAAGUUCACCAAGUCUCAACCACGCAUCUCCUACAGCUGCAACCCGCUCUGCACAAAUCUUCAACCUGCAGAAAAACUCAAUGAAGAUCUGCGGGUGUCGCAACAAAAUCUGCUGAAUGCUCUUUCAGGUGAAUUAAAUCAGUUUGUGCCAUCUGUUCAUACUGCAGAUGCUCAUUCCUGUUUGCAAGGACGAGAUAGACAUGAGAUGGGAGCACACAGACAGGGAAAAGAUGAGCAACAUAUCAAUGUAGAGACAGAAGCACAUCUGCUCCUUGAAAACAAAAACCUUUCAUCAACAGAAACAGGAUCAGACAAAGGAAGGUGCAUGCUAAGUGAGGAAAAUUGUGAGGGGACAGCCCCCCAUCCAUUUGACCCCACUCAGAGUGACAGCUCUGACACAAACUCACAGAAUCCUCCGGGAGGCAGAUUAGAGAGUGCAAGAGGGAUCAGGAAAAGAGCCAUCACAACCCUGAGCUGUAAAUUAGAGUCUGUCACCCAGCCUGGUAUACAAGGGGUGUGCAUCAGUCCGUCCAGGUGUGAAUGUGGGAGUGAGACAAUGUGCAAGUGUGCCAGAGCUCCAGAGCCACAUGUGGGUGCCCCAAAAGUGUCACCCAAACAGAGACAGAGGAAGAGCAACACAAAGAAACACAAGCCAGCAAAGAAAAAGAAGAAGGUUAACAAAGAAAGGUCUUCAAACAACCAGCAGUUAGCAAAGUGCAAAGUAAGGAGUGUUGUCUCAGCAGUCUGCAGAGCAGUAGAUGCUGAAGAGAGAUGGAUGAAGAAAAGAAGGCAAAGAAAGGAAAAGGGGAGGGGAGUUGCUGGCCCAGGCAGCGACUGUCUUCUGGGAAGAUAUGCGACUAAACCAGUAUCUGUCUCUGUCAGAAAGAGGAGGACUCAGAGGAGACGCAGUGAUGAAUUCAAGUCAGAGCCGGCCAGUGAGCAGGCAGAACCAUACAGCAUCUGCAAUGGGCUCGGAGACACAGUAGAGGAGAGAGAGCGAGGAGAUGCAGCCACCUUUCCCUGGCGGUCCCACUUCUCCUUUCGUUCCUCCUCGCCGGGAUGCAACUCAACACCGUUUUGGGAAAGGGGUCACCAUAGCAACCCCAGGAGUUUCAUUGACUUCUGUUACCCUGACAACAGCUGUGCUAGCGGCCCGAUGAAAAGGAGAAAACUCCUCCACAGGGACAGAGAAUUCAUUCAUGGUGAGAGGAGGAAAUCAGGGGGGCGCUCAGGCUGCAGAGACAGAGGCCUAACUUUAGACCGCCAGCAAUGGGAGUGGACGAGAAGUGGCUCUGCUGGAGGCAGUCAGGAGGGCAGGUUGAAGACUGGAUGGAGCCCGAAAAAUAAAGUAGCUGAUUGGGAUCAUGUGGGAAGGUUUAACCCAAGUCCUUCUUGCUGGAGCAGGAGACAUGAGAAGACAGAAGAUGUAGACUGGGACAGGAGCAGCAUUGACAGGUGGACAUUUGGCAGCAGUGAUAGCUGGGAAGACAGGGAAACAAACAGGUCCAUUUCAUGCACCAAGAUAAUUUGUGACAGCAGAGACAGCCCAGGCAGCACAUGGAGGUGUGCAGGCACAAGGUGGUCAAGUUUAAGACACCUCUCAAGCCCUGAGUGGUGGACAAGGCGACAGCCAUCCAGCUGCGAGAGUGGAAUGGGCGAACAGAGCAGUAGAUGCCAUAGCUCACGCUCCUGCAGCCCCUGUAGCAACACCAGCUUGUCCGAACUUAGCUGUGAGUGGAGCAAAAGUAGCACCUGCUCAGGAGUCACUGUAGAUAGGCUGACUCUUGGCUCCUACAGAACAUCAGCAACAUCUGCAGAGACCCCACUGGAGGCAAGGAAACACUACAGCGCCACAUUUACUCCAACCACACUUCCCGUAUCUCAGUCGUUCCCCCAAACUUCACAGCUAAAAGGGUCAAACCCCCAAUGUGACAGAAAUACCUUACUGAUAAAGGUGACCAGUUCACACUUAGACCACAAACCCUCUGUUUCCAAUCCUACAAGCACCUCUGACACAGCUUCUCCAGAGUUGCACCCAAGUAAGACAACACCCAGGACAUUGAUUUUACCUCUCAUUGGAAAACGUCCUGCAAUCCAGAGAAAGGCAAGGGAAAAAAAGGAUCUGCUGGAGAGGAGUCUGGAAAAGAAGAGAGAGGAGGAAACUAAGCUCCAUGAGGCCCUUGGUACAAGGAGUAGCAGUCCAAAAUGUCCUCUGAAUACUGCUGAGUCAAAUCCCAGCAGUAUCCCAAAUCUCUGUCUGGCGCAGACCAGGACAGAUGAUAAACAGGCAGUUGUAGAGACAACUGCACCAAUCAGCUUUUCGGCAGAAGAGAUGGACAAAUAUCGUGUCCUGCAGGAGCAGGCGAGAGAGCACAUGCAGAAAGUCCUGGAAAAGAUGCAAGAAAGUCCAGAUAUUCACACACAGACAAGCUAUACACACAGCACACAGCCAGAUAGUAGUUUGAUUUUACAGGAACAACACAAACCUGCACCCCUGCACAGCUCGAUGGAGCCACAGUUGAUUCAUCCAGAUUUGUUGCAAAGACACGUCCAACACCCGUUCCAUGUCAGUAUCCCACUCUCAGAGGGUAGCUAUACACAGCCUGUGGCUCUGGGAGUUCCUAACCUCAACCCACUUCCACUUUCCCCCCCAGUCUCCAAUCUUCACCAUAUAAUUUUACGUACAGCUCUCUCCAUGGCACCCCAUGUAGCCUCCACUUCUAGCUCAUCUACUUCAAUUCACCAACAUUCCUCUGCACACACUCCUUCCUAUCCUCAUCCUCUUCACUUUACCCCAUUCCCCAUCUCUUCCCUGUUUCCUUCAAUAUUUUUUUCCCAUCAGCCCAUCCCUCUCCUCUCCCAUGUCCCAGCUUUGCACGCAUCCUCUGUCACUCCACUGUCCCCAAUAGCCCUGCAACGCUUGAACUCACAGCCUUUCAUGGACCGGUCAUGGGCAAUGCAGUUUCAACAGAAGGCUAUAUGAUUUUCACAGAAUCGCCCUGAUGUUUAUCGAUCUCGCUUGCCAUCACUGGCCAGCAAGAGGACAACAGAGAAUGCUUAAAGAAAAGCUUCUUUUUUUUUCAAAUUAGGACUGUGUUAUUGGUUUGCCGUAUCAGCAUCAACUCUUACUCACAAAUUCCUUCACAAAUACGUCUAUGCGUGCACAUACUCCAAUAAGUAAAGACUGAUUUUAAAUGGAAAUUUGUUUCUCCUUUUAGUCUCUGCUGUUCAGCAGCUGACAGCAGGAAAAAAAAAAACUUUGAUUCUGUGCUUUUGCCAUCAUUCAUCAUUCAGGCCCAGAACAAAGGGAAAAGGUACACCUGCUAUUCAAAGACAACCUGGGCGCAUGUCAUCCUCUCGUUUUCCUCCAGAGCUACAGGCAGACUGGCUGCCUUUUGAAGUACCCUUCAAUCCAGGGACAGGGUAACAAGAGAAAGUGAUAAUACUCCCUGCUUAUCUCCUUUUCAUACAGGUUAUAUGGGUUAGACUGUGACUUUCAACAAACAGAUAACAUACCAAGGACCAGGGGGGAAGGCAGCACAGGCAUUUCAACCUUAUGUGAGCUCUGUGUGAGAUAGGGGUAAUCAUAUUCAAAGACAAAUUUACAUCAUGAAGGACAAAGAUUUAUAUAUUUGAAAGCAUUGAAAUAAAAGAUGUUUACACAUUAAAUAUUCCCCACUUAAUGAAUUGAUUGAUAGAUGUCCUUUUACAACUUUGAAUGCAAAACAUGGCGUUUUCUUUUCAUUACAUUACAUCUAACAGUUUCAUGAAGCCGAUAUGUUGUAUUAAAGUGUGAGUGACAAGAAAGGGGCUAUUAUGCAUUUUCAAAUUCGGUCUGGCUUUUGCUGAUCAUAUCCUGUGUUGCAACAACAUCCACAUAACAUGUUUCCUCUGAAACUCAAACAAAAUUUAAAGUCCAAUCUGGCUUUGGCAGCACAUCCAACUUCAGCGUGUUCCAGUUCAAAUCCAAAGAACCACAGGAUUUGCUAGUUUUUGUGCAAAGUGAUCACGCUAACAUUAUUAGCACAAGAUGAUAAUCUACAUGACUGCAUGUAAUGCAUUUAAACACAAUGAUAACGUGUUUACUUAUACAUAGGGAUGUGAUUGGUAUCAAACUGGAUUUCUAAUAAAGUCAUUUUUAAAUAAUCAGUAUGAAGUCCUUGAAGCUCAUCUCCACCGUGUUGUUGACUAAUGUCUGUGAUUUCAUGUCAGCUGCAACCCCAGGAAGCUAUGUAGCCACAAUUUGCACAUCAAUUAAAAAUAAAUCACAGUCUAUUUUUUCACAGCUUGGGAAACUGAAUUUAAAGCCAUGGCCAUUAUUUUGAUGAUUUAACAAAUCUGUUUCCCCCUAAAGAACUUAAUUAUUUGUCAGUCUGCACUGAUAUUCACAGUAAAGGAAAGGUAUAUUUUGAAUACUCUGCUCAGUAUGUUUGCAAAGGAGAACUAGGUAGUGUGCAGCUAAAACACAAGUCACUACACUUCACCUUUUGUGCGUGGGCCAGCCAGGAUGAACUUUGGGCUCAGGGUUGAUAAAUAACCAGUGUCACUCCUGGUAAAAAAUAAAGGUUUUAUUGCAGUAGCAAAUCUCACCCUGAAAAAUGCAAAAUGACCAAUUUUUAAAUUGAGUAAAUUAAUUGAAUGAGGAAAUAUUUUUCUAAAGAAAUAACUGUUUUAAAGACAGUCACUGUAGGCACAAUUAUUGGCAUCCCAGCUGUUAAUAAUUUGUACAGUAGAGCAGUACUUGGUUCUCUUUCUGAAACACUUCACAUCACAGGAGCAUACAAGAAGCAGGAUCUCUGCCAAUUCCUCUUUGCAGAACGUCUCUAGAUCCUUCAGAGUCCAGGAUCCUUUAUUAUGCUCUCUUCAACUAACACCCACAGGUUUCCUUUAGUAUUUAGUUCCUUAAACUGAGAUGACCAUAAAAAAGAUUAAUUUUGUCUCUUUUUACGCAUUCCUACAUUGAUUUUGUCACAUGCUUUAGAUCAAUAUGCUGCUGAAAGAUCCACUGACUACUGACUUUUGGUUUUCUGGUAGGGUCCACCUGAGUGGUAGAUUCCAUUCCAACAAGGUUCCAGGCUCUUUUAAAAUAAAAAAACAGACCCAAAGCACCACAGAACCUCAACUGUACUUUACAUGCAUAUUUAUAUCUCAAGCAUACAAGACGUCAUGGAUUACAAAUGAGAAGUUUAAAGCAUAUAAUUGAGUAUAUGUAUUUUAAAGAAAUUCAUAAGACUGCAAUAACUUUACCACCAGAGAUUUUGGUGAAAACAAUUAUUUCUUAAAUCGGGCCUCCCCCCCACUCUAAAUAAAUGUACUCUAAAUAAAGGUUGGAUUUUUCUAAAGUUGUCAGUGUGGGAUUAUAUUUCUCCAAUAAAAUAUAAAUUUUAAGAGCUUUUUACACAUUUCUACAGUACAACUGAAUCUUAUAUGGAAUUGUGUUUUUAUACCUUCAAAUAGUAUUGUGGAAAUAAUCAGGACAAAAGAAAAAUAAUUUUAUGUAGAAGAGGUUUGAUUUAGAAAAUAGGUCAAGCACGUUUACUUGUAAAAAUGUUGAUAUUUUGGUACCAAUGAAAUGUGUGGUGAUAUUUCAAUUUUGGAAGUUGCGAAGCCAUUUUUUAUGUUGACUCAGAGGAUGACUGUGCCCUUUAAAAUGUACCACAUUUUGUGUAUGUGAUGCGUCUUAUUGCCAAACUCUUAAGUCAUUUUGUCUAAAGACAGAUUUUUCCAGCCUCAUUUCAAGCUGUUUUAGAACAGCAGAAAACACAUUAAGUGGUAGAAAAAAACCCAACCUUUUUGCAUCAUUAAUAAAAAAGAUGAGUUUCAUUCA